CCUCGCCAUUGCGAGUCAGUCGAUCUCCGGGCCCAGUCGGUGCGUAACGCGACGGAAGGUACAGUCGAGGGAACGAGUGUGUUCGCGUCUCGCAAACGAGAGAAAGGGAGAGGGACGCGUUACUUCGAGAGCUUCGUUUCUCUCUCUCUCUCAUCCGAAUUCCCGGCGUUCCGGUGUGCGCGCCUUUGUCUCUCGCAUACAUCCUACGAGAGGGGAAAAAAAAAGAAGAAACACGAAGUGUGAUCUCACUCUUCUCUCUCUCUCGAGAGAAGGAAAGAUCGUCGAUCUCGAAAAUCGUUAUCGCGUGCGUAUACGCGUGCGCAGCUUUGGACCCUUCAAGGGACUGAGGGUCAGAAUCGAAACCCAAGUGCAGUGUUAGUCACAGCAUCGUCGAGUGACGAGAAAGCAGUGCUGACGUUUUUCCGGGGAGACGUGAAAUCAACGUUCUGCGAAUAAAAGAUUAAACGAAAAUGGUAGUGUUCGGCUUGGUCUCAGCGAUCGCCGGUUUCGUCAAGGUGCGAUACCUGAUCGACAAGGCCGUCAUCGACAAUGCGUUCUUCAGGCUGCACUACAGACACACGUCGGCCAUUCUGUUCCUUUGCUGCAUUAUUGUCAGCGCCAAUAAUUUAAUAGGCGAACCGAUCCACUGCUUGGCAGAUUUGCGGGACGGCACUCAUGUCAUCAAUACGUACUGCUGGAUCACGUCUACCUACACGAUUCCUCGGACCCUGACGCAACCGAUCGGCACCCAUGUGGCCCAUCCGGGUCUGGGCAUCGACUACGGCGAGAAGCGGGUACACUCGUAUUAUCAGUGGGUGCCGUUCAUGCUCUUUUUCCAGGGUAUACUGUUCUACAUACCGCACUGGAUGUGGAAACAGUGGGAGGACAAUAAGAUCAGGUUAAUAACCGAGGGCUUGAGGGGCCCCUUGAUCGAAAGCAAGCAAGAACGGCAGGCCAAAAUCGAGAAACUGGUGCAAUAUCUCAUGGAGACCAUGCACUUGCACAACAGCUACGCCGCCGCAUACUUCUUUUGUGAGGUCCUCAACUUCAUCAACACCGUUGGGAACAUAUUCUUCGUCGAUACCUUCCUGGGCGGCGCUUUCCUCACGUACGGCACGGAAGUGCUAAAGUUCAGCGGCAUGAAUCAGGACGAGCGCAGCGACCCGAUGAUCGAGGUGUUCCCGCGCGUGACCAAGUGCACCUUCCACAAGUACGGUGGCUCCGGAACGAUUCAGACAAUCGACGCGCUCUGCGUGCUCGCGCUCAACAUCCUCAAUGAGAAGAUAUACAUUUUCCUAUGGUUCUGGUUCAUUGUAUUGGCUGUGGUGUCCGGCUUGGGAAUGCUCUACAGCAUGGCGAUAAUACUAUUGCCCAGCACGCGCGAGACAAUCCUGAGGAGGCGCUUCAAGUUCGGCACACCGCCUGUUGUCAGCGCGCUUAUCCGUAAAACUCAGGUCGGAGAUUUCCUGAUGCUUCACCUGUUGGGUCAGAACUUGAAUUACAUGAUGUUCCACAAUUUGCUGGAAGAACUCUGCAGCCGUCUGCAAUUCGGCAGUAACAGCAGCGGCGCGUCGCCGACGUCGGUGCCAUCGGCACCCAGCACUCUCGAGAUGUCGCCGAUGUAUCCGGAGAUUGAGAAAUACGCUAAGGACACCGAGAUCUAAAGCGCGAGGAGGCCCGCCGACGGCCUCGUCGUCGAUUUUACUUUUUUUCCAUCAUCCACCCCUUAUCGCUUGUAUUUGUUUGUAUUGUGAUAAUACCGAGCGGCGCGAUUUCGCCGUCGUCUCGGUGCCAAUAAACGGAGCUGUUCGUGCCGCGUCGCCGGCUCUGCCUUACCACGCGUGCGUGCUCGCAAAAAACGCGCACCGGACGCUCACUCUCUUCGACAUUUCUCCGCUGCCGACGCCGUCGGAAACCUCGUGUUCUCCGACGCGGCGCUCGUAAAACGUAAAAGCUCGAACCGGCAUUAACAGAAGAGCUUCGCGGUUCUUGUCUCCCGUCGAGUUGAGAGUCUCGCUCGUUACCCGCGUGCUCGUAAAACGCGAGUCGACUUCCCCCCCCCCUCCCCCUUCUUUGACGUUUAUGUCUCCGACAGGCCUUCCGAUCGGUGGGAGAAUCAUUUCGAGUGUUCGCGAAACGCGCUCUGAAAGCGCACGGACACCCUACCGGUUUUCGAUUCAGCUCGUAUCUUCGCUCAACGAGAUAUUGUGCAAAUUAUCUCCGACUGAGUUCCAUAUCCCGGCGUUACGUAUCUUUUCUCGUGCGUAAAAUGUGCAACGCAAGCGCGAGUCAACGGGGCAACGUUUAGUUCGCCGACAUUUUUACAACGGCGUCAUUACGAGAUUUUCAUUUGACGCUGUUAUUGCUGUUACGCGGUCGUAAACUACCGAGUUUAAAUGCGAAAAACCAGCGCCGGCCUUCGUUGUCUUCUUCAUCCAACAGUCGUUACGAGAUUUUCAUUUGCCGUAAAAGCAGAGUUGGAACGCGUAAAAUAGCGCGAGUUGACGCUACCUCUCGCGAAUCUUUAACGAGAUUUCUAGUUUUUUUUUUUGUUUUCUUUUUCCUUUUUAAAAUCAUUUCGCAAGUGGCACAUGCAGAUUGUAGAAUUACAAUAAACAUUCCGUCGUUUCCACUCGUUCACCGAUCGAAAGUGCGAAAAGCGCGCUGGUAUCUUACGCCGGCUACAGCGGCACGAACCAAUAUUAGAUUAUUGAAUAUAAUAAUGUAGACGAUAACGCGCGAUGCUCUCGAAUCAAUAAGUCAUGUGCGCAUUAUGAUCUUCAACGAUCGCGACAGGCUUCCAGAUGCAACAGGAUCACAUUCCCGUCGUUGUAUAAUUAUUUGUUGCUCACACGAUCAAUAAUUCAAUGAAGAUUUUGAAAAUAACGAGAUGAGGCAAGAUGCGUAAAUUUGAAUAACGGUGUUCCUUGACUUCUGUUCAUAUCACGAACGCAACAUUCCUUUAAUUCAUUAUUGUAAACUUGAGGGAGAUGAAAGAGCAAGUAUCGGAAGUGUUCGAUAGUUCCGUAAAAGAAUAACACACGUUUUCCCACGUGUUGUAAAAUUGUCAAGCUGCCGUGCUGAUGCAAGCACGAAAGGAUCUCACUGCCGGGAAUGUAUUCUAAGGUUAAGCAGAAUUUGUGCUUUUCCAUUCGAAACGCACAGUUAUCGCAGAGUUAUCGAGGCUAUCUCGAAUGAUCUUUAAGAUUUAUUUUCGAUACUUGCUUUUGUGAUACGUAACAAACGCUCCGCAGAUCGUUCAUGUUAGUAAAAGAAGCGUGACAAUAUUUGACACGAAGCAAACUUUCGUAUAUUAUUCUAUUAUUCAUCGCACAACGAGAAAUAUGUAUCAACAUGCUGUUACUGCGCUCCCGUUAAGAGAUCGCACUGAAAUUUAAAAAAAAAAAACAACAACGAAUUCUUGUUUCUAUCCUCUUUAAAUAAUUAAUAUAAAUAUUACAUAAGUAUAUUAUACAUUGAUAUAAUAUGUUUGUGAAUAUUCACAAGAAUAUCUAAAGAGGUUUUCACGCAGAAAUAUUAUUUCAAAGUGACUAUUCGAGCGAAUUCUAUCAUUGCGCGAUUAUCAACAGCGAAGACGUAAAAGCAUCACGCAUUACUUUACAUCAAACGAAGCCAGAACGUUGGCUAAUAGCCCAAUAAAGACAGAAUAAUGUCAGCGGUCUGGCAGACAGAAAUAAUGUAUAUCGUUUAUCUCGUUCUUUUUUUUCUUUUUUUUUGGGUAGAAAUAUUUCCGCACUGGUGCAAUGAUUGUAGCGGGAAUGAAAACGUGUGGUGUAAUUGAAAUUCGAUCGAAAAAGAGAGGUGGAACCAUACGAACUGACCACGGUCGCAAUUCGUAAUCAACAUUCCAGCACUUUCUUUUCCGAAAAUGAGGAUCUCCAUUUAAGAAAGCGGAUUAAAAUAACAUUUGUAUAAAUAUAACGUCAAUUUUUUUUUUAAAUCGGAUAAGUUAAAAUAAAAUACGAAAUUAAAAUUUGUAGUAAAAUGUGUGCAAAAAACAAAUUAUAUGAAUAAUGUAAAAAUGGGGCUCCUCGGCAAUUAUCUCAUAGUUUAUGGUAUUAAAAAAGUGUUCGUAUGCCAUUCCUAAUGGUAUAAUUAAGUACUUUAUUAGCUCUAAUUGGGAUCACUUCAAUUCGUUCACGCAAGAGCGAUGUCGUCCCCGAAUAUUAUACUAAACGCGUUUAUCUUGCAUAUAGACUUUAUUCCGCGCGAUUAAUUGUUACGUACACGAUAAUCCUCCUUCCUGCUAACAGAGACAAUAGAAACUUUCCCCUCAGACACAUUUCCCGCGUCCUUUCGUGCGCAAGGACAAAGUGCGAGCGUCGCCGGCAAUAACUGUGUACAACGACAAUAAUGUAACGCUACGGCCCUUUCCUUUUACGGUAUCCGCAAAACCCUGUUAGAGAUUAUCGACAAUUGCGCUCCGAGUGAUAUCUUAAGAUAGAUAUUUAAGAUGAACGAAAGAGAGAGCGAGAGAGAGAGAGCUUGAGAUCAAUCAUAGGUAUAAUUGUAUUCGCAAUGUGCCUUCUAUAUUGUAGGAUACAAGACAAAAAAAAACUAAAUAUACGUUAGUGUAUAAGUGUAUUCUUUAGGAGGAGCGAGACGUAUUCUCUGACUCGCGCCCGACACGAGAGGAAGACUGCCAAUGUGUGCAACGCCGUUAUAGCGAUUAAUUGCAACGAGAGAAAACGAUAGUAAAUAAAUGAGAUUCUUUCCAAUGUCGUGUCAUUCGCUUUUGUGCGGCGCCCGUAAGCGAACUUAAUUAGUGCGUAGUCACGCGAGAACGAACUGAAGUUUUCUUCUUCGGCCGCAGCUAAAGUUAUUUGAACAAACGUUUUCACUAAUUGAACGAAAAGAUUAUAUUGCGCGAGAUUUAUUCGCUGUUGACUGAAACUUCUCCAUGUUUCAAGUAUAAAUUCGACUGGCUUCUUUAUUUGUAAUUGCAGCAAUCUUGUUUUUCUAACAGAUAGUUAGAAAGAUAGAUCGGUUAGAUAGUUUAUCUAACAGAUAAUAUGUAGAAUAAUAUUGUAACAAUAUUUUUUAGAGUACUCACACCAGUGAGUGAAUUGAAUAUUCUAUUAUAUAUAUUAUAUGCUGUCAAGAA